GUUUCUGGUUCCUCGCCGAGUAAUGGAUUUGUGAUCCGGGGAGGCGGGGGAGGAGCAGGAAGGCCGGGACAACAGCGGCUCCCUGCAAAAUAGGGGGAGGGUGGCGGUUAGGCCUCAGCAUCGCGCCGGCGCCGCUCAGUCGGCAGUGUCACGUUAGUGGAGGGUUAGAGGCCCCGGCGAUACCGUGCGGGGAGAUCUUACACUGUCCGUCCCCUCACCCUUAUUAAUCCUUCCCCUCCUGCAGGGCUCCUGGGGAAUGAACGGGCGUCGGUGAGCUAGAGGCCGAGCGGGGAUCCGGAGCCUGGAAGAGAGAUGACCGCAGAGUCCAUGAGUGAAAGCAAGUUGAAUACAUUGGUGCAGAAACUUCACGAAUAUUUAGCACACUCUUCAGAAGAGUCUGAGGAUACAACUUCUCCUACAAGAGAAUCUGGGGGCAAGAGUGCAGCCAAGUCCAAGUCUGUUAAUAGACUGCAUCCAAUGGAGAACAACAUGGAAGAGGGGAGUUCUUCUUCUGAAAAGGCGAAGUUGUCUGGAACUUCUCGCUCCAAAAGAAAACCUAUCUUUGUAACAAAGUAUGUGGAAUCUGAUGAAGAGCCAAAACCUGAAGAACCUACUGCUGACUUGUCUAAUGAAAAUUCUGAUCACGAGGUUGAUAUGGAAAGCUUACCCUUGGGAACUGUUGUGGUGCAACCAGAACCUGUUCUAAACGAAGACAAGGAUGAUUUCAAAGGACCAGAAUUUCGGAGCCGAUCUAAAGUUAAACCUGAUUUAUCUGUACCUAAGAAACGCCCAGAGGAAGGCCUCCAUGGAAUUGUCAGUUGCUCAGCUUGUGGACAACAAGUAAAUCACUUUCAGAAGGACUCCGUUUACAGACAUCCUGCUCUCAAAGUCCUCAUUUGCAAGAAUUGCUAUAAAUAUUACAUGAGUGAUGACAUCAACCGUGAUGCUGAUGGCAUGGAUGAACAGUGCAGGUGGUGCGCUGAAGGAGGGAAUUUGAUUUGCUGUGAUUUCUGCCACAAUGCAUUCUGCAAGAAAUGCAUUCUUAGAAACCUUGGUCGUCGGGAGCUGUCGACAAUUAUGGAUGAGGAGAGCAAAUGGGAAUGCUACAUUUGCCAACCAGAACCUUUGUUGGAUUUGGUUGCGGCGUGUGACUCUGUGUUUGAAAACCUAGAACAGCUCUUAGCGCAAAAUAAGAAGAAAAUGAAAGUAGACAAUGAUAAGAGCAAGCUUAAUGACCAAACUCAAAAAACACCUAGUUGUAAUGGACAAGACAAACAACUUGAUAAUUCUUAUUCUGGUACAAUAACCUAUUCUUACAAAGCGCUCAUGGUGCCGAAAGAAAUGUUAAAAAAGGCAAAAAGAAUAAUUGAAACAACAACCAGUUUAAAUUCAAGCUUUGUAAAGUUUCUGAAACAAGAGUCAGAUAAUGCAGAAAUUAACCGUAAUGUUAGGUUGCGACAAUUGAAAGCUUUUAAGUCAGUUUUGGGGGACCUAAAAAAGGCGCAUCACGCUUUGGAGGAAAGUUUGGCAAGAGAAAUAUCUGACCUCGGAAAAGCAUCAAAGAAAAACAAAGAUACAACCUGUGAGAAUAAACAAAGAGUGAAAAGAAAAGAGAAGCACAACGAGCAUAGGAGAAAAUCAAGUGGUGUACGUGAAAAAGAGACCGAAACAAAUGAAGACCGUAAGAAGCACAAAGAGUCGGAAGAGAACCGAGAUACAGAACUAAAAGUAGACGCUUUAAAGCAGAAUGGAGAAAAAAUGGAAAUUUUGAGUUCUAGUGUUGUAGAUAUAGAUGAUGUUGAUGAUUUGGAAACUGCAAAAACAAACCUACAGGAUGAUUCUUGUUCUGAGGUGGGGAAUGUAGAUGUGCAGGUGGUAGACAACAUGCAAUCAGAGAAUGAGGAUCAUUCUAUUGAAUCGGUAGAGGAUCACUGUGAACAACCACAAAAGAAUGUACAAGAAGCUGACACGGAUUCUGAAGAAAUGAGCUCUAAAUCAGAGAAAGAUAGAGCCAUACUGAAGAAGGCAAGUGAAAGACCCAAGCGUAGCAUAAGUGAACACACAAGGAAAAGCACAGGUAGAAAUAAGGAGAUGCUGUCUAGUGCUGAAUCCGAAAAUGAUGCUGAAAAGUCUUCUAAAUGCACUUCACCAAAAGCAGAUAAAUCUCUUUCCUCUGAGAAGAAUUCUAAGUCAUUUGAGUCCAACGCUACAGAAGCACUUGACAUGGACAUCGUUUCUAUCCCCUCUUCCGUGCCUGAAGAUAUUUUUGACAAUUUGGAUCUUGCACUGGAAUCUCAAAAAACUCUAAAGGAAUCUGCUUUAAAAAUAUCUUCUAAGAAAGAUGGAAAAGAACCAAAGACAACAAUAAAAAAAGAAUUGAUUCUUAAAUUAACUCCUGUAUCUCUUUCCAAAUCACCAUGUAAGAAAUUGGAGGGGAAUACUUCAAGCACAGUUCAAGCAGCUGAAGGUGGAAGUGAUGCUGACAAUGAGGCUUUGAGCCCUAGCGGUGUUUCUAGUAAUGAGCUGUCAUCAGAGAAUGAUGAUUCUAGACUAAGGAAGUCACCUCGUGUUAAAACCACUCCCAUGAGACGCCAGACUGAUGCCACAGCCACUUUAAAUACAGAAGAGGACAGUAAUGAUACAGAUAAGGAUAAAACUAAACUUAACGAGUCUUCUAAAAAGAAGGCAAUUAAAGCUAAGCAUAGCCCUUCAGACACUGUUAAAAGUAAAAAAAAACGUAAAUCUGAAAUUGAAAAAUUAGAGGACAAUACCACAAGAAGUGUCUCUGAUUCAGAUGACAUACCUGAAGUCCUCAAAAAGGCAGCUUUACUGAGCAACUCGUCUGACCCUGACAGCUGUAACGACUCUAAGCAAGUUGAGAGAACUGGUACAGAUACAAAGAAAGAUGGAAAACGUAAAAGAAAGAGCUCAAGUUCUGGUUCAGAAACUGUAAAGAGGACUACCAGAAACUCAACAGCUGCAAAAAAGCAACGUUCAAAUCGCUCAGACUCUUCAAAUUAUGACUCCGAGUUGGAAAAGAAAAUGAAAAAAAUUGGAAAAAUUGAGGCUGCCAAGAAAGGCACAAGGAAGAAAGUUAAGAAUGAGGAAGAGAGUGGGACAUCUACAGAAGAAAGGGGCCGUAUAAAGAAAAAGCGGAAGACCAGUCGGGAAAAGACUACAGCAUUAAAGAAAAAGAAAUCUACCUCCUCUUCUGGCAUGUCUGAAGAUAGCCAUGAUAAUUUAAGCCACAAUUCAGAGGAUGGCAGUGAAGACGAGCAGAAGAUCAAGCCUCUGGUGGAUAAUGAAGUUAUAUCAACAGUUGCUUUCUGUCAAUCUUCAGGUGACGAAGCAGGAACAAAAUCUAGUAAUCGUGUUGUGGUGGAUGAGGAGGAAGAUGAUGACGAUGAUCCAGAGAAUAGGAUUGCUAAGAAAAUGCUUCUAGAGGAAAUAAAAGCCAAUCUGUCAUCAGACAAUGAGGAGUCCUCUGAUGAUGAAGAGGAGCCUGAAGAAGGCAAAAAGACCAAAGUAAAAUCUGAAAAAGUGGAUGAGGAAGAUAAGGAAGAUGAUGAUAGUUCAGACUCUGAUUCUGAUUCUGAAUCGGCAAAGAAGUCCCGGUACAGGCAUCGCUUGCUGCGGCACAAACUGUCCCUAAGUGAAGGAGAAUCUGAAGGGGAAAAAGAAGAGAAGAGAGAUAAAUCCAAGAGCCAAAAGGAUGACAAACGUCGAAAUAGACGAAAGGUUAGCAGUGAUGAAUCUGAUCCUGGAAGUGAUGGGUCUGGUGUUAGUGAGGAAGUCAGUGACAGCGAUUCUGAUGAUCUGCGCCCCAGAACCAGGGCAGCAAAGAAAGAGGCAGAUCAGCGAAGCUAUAAACAGAAGCAAAAGAAGAAGAAGAGGAGGAGGAUUAAAAUCCAAGAGGAUUCCAGUGAUUCCAAGGGUAAUUCGGAGGAUGGCGAUCAUGAUGAUGAUGACGACUCUGAUUCCAAAUCUCCAGGAAAAGGACGGAAAAAGAUCAGAAGAAUUUUAAAAGAUGACAAGCUGCGGACAGAAACUCAGAAAGCUUUGAAAUUGGAAGAAGAGCGAAGAAGAAGAAUUGCUGAGAAAGAGCGAGAACGGGAGAAACUGAGGGAGGUCAUUAUAGUAGAAGAUGCUUCACCAGUUAAGUGUCCAAUCACAACAAAACUGGUUCUGGAUGAAGAUGAGGAGACCAAAGAACCACUGGUCCAGGUGCACAGAAACUUGGUGACAAAGCUGAAGCCUCAUCAGGUAGAUGGUGUCCAGUUUAUGUGGGAUUGCUGCUGUGAGUCUGUGAAGAAAACAAAGAAAGAUAAAGGCUCCGGGUGUAUUUUGGCUCAUUGUAUGGGGCUUGGAAAAACACUGCAGGUGGUGUCUUUUCUUCACGCCUGUCUUCUGAAUGAUAAGCUGGAUUUCAGCACUGCUCUUGUGGUUUGUCCAUUGAAUACAGUUUUGAAUUGGAUCACUGAGUUUGAAAAGUGGCAGUAUGGCCUGAACGAUGACGAGGCAUUGGAGGUUAUUGAACUUGCCACUGUGAAGCGUCCACAAGAGCGAGGAUGCAUGAUGCAGCGCUGGCAUGAAGAGGGAGGUGUCUUGAUUAUUGGAUAUGAAAUGUACCGAAACCUCACUCAAGGAAGGAAUGUGAAGAGUAAAAAAUUGAAGGAAAUGUACCAAAGAACUUUGGUUGAUCCUGGUCCUGACUUUGUUGUGUGUGAUGAAGGACAUAUUCUUAAAAAUGAAGCCUCUGCUAUAUCUAAGGCUAUGAAUUCCGUAAGGACAAAGAGAAGAAUAAUUCUGACAGGGACUCCACUUCAAAAUAAUCUAGUGGAAUAUCACUGCAUGGUUAAUUUCAUUAAGGAAAACUUACUUGGUUCUACCAAGGAAUUCCGGAAUCGCUUUAUAAAUCCUAUACAGAAUGGCCAGUGUGCAGACUCCACCAUGGUAGAUGUCCGAGUGAUGAAGAAACGUGCGCACAUUCUGUAUGAGAUGCUAGCUGGAUGUGUGCAGAGAAGAGACUACACAGCUCUUACAAAGUUCUUACCACCAAAGCACGAGUAUGUUUUAGCAGUUCGGUUAACGGCAAUACAGUGCAAACUUUACCGUUACUAUUUGGAACACUUAACAGGUGUUGGUAGUGCUGAGGGAGGAGGUACAAGAGGUAAAUCUGGAACCAAGCUUUUCCAGGACUUUCAAGUUUUAAGCAGGAUCUGGACUCACCCUUGGUGCUUGCAGCUGGACUAUAUUAGUAAAGAAAAUAAGGGUUACUUUGAUGAAGAUAGCAUGGAAGAAUUUAUAGCAUCUGACUCGGACGAAUCCUCAAUGACUCCUAGUUCUGCUGAAGAAGCCACACCUAAGAAGAAAAAAGGAAAAAACAAGAAGGACAGCUCUAGUGAGGAAGAAAGUGAUAAUGAUGUAGAAGUAAUUAAGGUGUGGAACUCAAGAUCACGUGGAGGGAACGGACAGGAUCCCAAAGUGGAGGAGGCUUCAAACAGUCCUGCAGCUGCCAAGGUGGAAGAAACCACAUCCUCCUCCACUCCAGGUAGCCCAUCUGCUGAUUGGUACAAAGAUUUUGUUACUGAUGCAGAUGCAGAAAUUAUGGCGCAUUCUGGGAAAAUAAUGCUUCUGUUUGAGAUUCUUCGCAUGGCAGAAGAGCUUGGUGAUAAAGUUUUAGUUUUUAGCCAGUCUCUCAUCUCUUUGGACCUAAUUGAAGAUUUUUUGGAAUUGGCAAGUGUUGAAAGAUCAGAAGAAGAAGAAGAAGAAGAAAAAAAAGAAAAAGAAAAAGAAGCUGCUGAAGCCAAGCCUGUUUUAUAUAAAGGUGAAGGGAAAUGGUUUAGGAAUAUUGACUACUACCGGUUAGAUGGUGCCACCACUGCUCAGGCACGGAAGAAAUGGGCUGAGGAGUUCAAUGAUGUGACUAACGUCAGGGGGCGACUGUUCCUGAUUUCUACAAGAGCAGGAUCCCUGGGAAUAAAUCUCGUGGCUGCUAAUCGUGUGAUCAUCUUUGAUGCCUCAUGGAAUCCAUCAUAUGAUAUACAAAGUAUCUUCAGGGUAUAUCGAUUUGGGCAAACCAAGGCUGUCUUUGUGUACAGGUUUUUGGCACAGGGUACUAUGGAAGAAAAGAUCUAUGAUCGGCAGGUUACCAAACAGUCUCUGUCAUUUCGUGUAAUUGACCAGCAGCAGAUAGAGCGUCACUUCACCAUGAAUGAACUCACAGAGCUGUACGCUUUUGAGCCAGAUCUACUGGAUGACCCUAACUCUGAAAAGAAGAAGAAGCGGGAGACCCCCAAGCUGCCAAAGGACACUGUGCUUGCAGAGUUGCUGCAGAUCAGAAAGGAACAAAUAGUGACCUAUCAUGAGCAUGACUCUCUUCUGGACCACAAGGAGGAGGAGGCUCUUACUGAGGAGGAGAGGAAGGCAGCAUGGGAUGAAUAUGAAGCCGAAAAGAAGGGUUUGACCAAUCGUUUGAACAUGGCAGCGGCAGCUGCAGCUGGGAUCAAUUACAACCAAAUCAAUUUCAACAAUGCUCAAUCUUCAUACAUGCCCUUAAACUUAGGAGCAUUGUCUGCCCUGACUAACAGGCAACUGGAGGAUCUCAUUAACCAAGGCAGAGAGAAAGUGGUAGAAGCUACAAAUAGCAUUGCGUCUGCAAGGAUCCAUCCUCUGGAGGACAUCAUUUCGUUAGUGUGGAAGGAAAAUCCAACUUUUUCAGAAUCCCAAGUUCAGUCUCUGGCUCUAAGCAGACAAUCAAGCCAAGAGCUGGAAAUCAAGAGACGAGAGGCCAUUUACAGUGACGUUCUGGCCAAGCAGCAGAUGUUGAUCAGCUGUGUACAGCGAAUCCUUAUGGGCCGGAGAUUACAGCAGCAGUACAACGAGCAGCAGAAACUUGCCUUGCAGCAGCAAGCUGCACUGAACCGCCUCAUAAUGCAGAAAAACCCAAACAUUCUUGUGAACCCAGCUAACUAUCCGCAAAUUGAUCUGCAAGGAAUGUAUCAAGCAAGUUUGCAGAACCUGCCCAUGCAGAGAGCACCACCACCGCCCAUUAGAGGAAAAAAUGCCGGACCUUCUCAAGCAAAGAAAAUGUGAUAUUGCACUAAGAUCUUUACAUGGAUUGUUUUGAGCAAAGAAAGAUCCUUUAUUUUGCCCUUUUGUCUAGUUAUUAAAGGCUUGACAUACUGUAUAAGAAACAAACGGGAAAGUGUUUUUGUAAUGCCAAACUGUACCCUCUAAAAGCUUUGCAGUAUGAUCAGUUUUCUAUUUGUGUUGAAGUGUCCACAGGGCCACUCGGAAAUGUCUUUCUUCCCAAUCCCAGAAGAUACCUGUUUUCAAUGAAAGCACACCUUCUGUACUAUACCAGCUAUUCAUCCUGGCAUCCGCCACACCACAGAAGCAGGUCUCGUGUACAAAACAAUGAUGAUCAGCCGUAGAAAAUGCACUGUAUAUCGGCUAUACCCUUGCUGUUCAAGUUACAAGUGGCAGUGUAGCAAUUGGGGUUACACCCUAAUUUUCAGAAAUUAACAAUUUACAGCACUGGUGUCAUUGCUGAACUACAGUUCCAGUGAUUCCUGACCAGCUUCUUGCUAUGUAUCAGAUGUAAUGUAGCUCAGCACCACCAGAGUGAUGGUAGUUGUCCAUUCCUGAUGAAGAACCACUGAAAUGAACGUCUGUCGAACACCGGUUUGUCGUUGUAGCAUAACUUUAAUACAUUUUAAGCAUUGUGAGCUUAUUUUUUCUGUGACAAUGUUAAGUUAGCCCUAACUAUGAUCUCUGAUCAACAGAAAUUAUUAAAUUUUAGAGAUUUCUGUAUUUAAAAUACUUUAGAAUGACAUGAUGGCUGACCAUAGCCAGUAGCUACUUGCUACUUUUGUUGAUUUGGAGGUCCAUUUAACCAUUUUUCUGUCACUUAUUGUUAUAAGUUUUUAAUAUUGUAUCCGCAUCUCUGUGCCUUUGUAAAUAUAGGUUUCUGCUGUUUUUUUCCAUAAAGCUAGACUUAAUAGGUGUUUACAUAAAAUACUGUUUUUCUUUCUUUUCUUUUUUUGGCCCAUUUACUGCUUUUCUUUAAGUUUUACAUUGUGUUCACUGUCCACAGCAUAUUAGUACAUUUGAGUUAUUUAAGUUGUCAUCCCUUUAAUACAGCAUCUAAUCUUAAAAACAAGCAACUUAAAGAUGUUAUUGAACACAAGUGACUAAUUUGUCUUACUAGUCUUUAAAUACAAUUGCUUAAAUGUAAUUAGGUUAGUGGUGCCCUGAUUGUGUAACACAGUGGCACAGAAUCUUUACAAGAUGCCUUUCCUUUUUACUAGAUGCCUGCAGGGGCAUCAUUUUGAAUCUUUAUUUUAUAUCUUUUUCUUGUCAGACUUGGAAACAACGUAUUCUGAUUCCACACUAACCUAGUUACCUACUAGGAAACAACACAUGGUUACAUCCUACACCGCAUGAAGGAAGUAAGCCAUUUAUACCGAAAAAGAGCAGAAAUCCAACUUUAUCAGUUCCCUACAAACUCUUGGGAACACUGCAUUGAAAGUGCACAUUGCAUAUAGUGUUGCUCUUCAAAUCCUCAUGUUCAUUUUCUUUGCACAUUAUCACCAGUGGCCAGGCAAAUCUUAUUAAUUCAAAAUGCCAACUUAUGGCAUGGGUUUUUUUUUCUUUGGGAAACCAGCUUUUUGUUUUUCUUUUUCGCCCCCUCACAAAUUCUAAAUUAGGAAACUAGCCCUCAGUUCUAUUUGAUAUUAGAUGUUAAUAUAAUUUACUUCCUCCUAAAGUGACGUUCUCAUUUAAAUGAGCUCCUGCUAACUUUGAUCUCUACACAUUUCCACAUUAAAUAUACUUCAAGUGUUAUGGCCGCUGACAUCUAUGAAUACAGGCUGUGGCUGUAUCUGAAGCAUACCGAUAAAUCCACAUUUAGCUGUUGGAAAGUCAAUUUGCACGUUAUAUGCAUCUAUUCAGUGAAAGUUGAACUGUAGGUUUCCUUUUUGCAAAUAUUGCGGCCCUUAGAACUUUCCAACAUUAAUUAGUAAAAUCUAAAAGUACAAAGUCAAGCCGCAGAAAAAUAUUCAGAAUUUGAGUGUGUACUUUUAGGACAGUUCUAAUAAUGCAGAUUUGAAUGGAUAGCUGCAGCCAGUAUGGUCUCAUUUUAAGUAUCAGCUUGAUACAGUUCAAAAAAACUUUAUAUAUAUUUUUGUUAUUUAAAUGUUCCAUUAGUUUUGAGUAUUUGUAGUGAAAGUCAGAAGUUUAAUCGCAUUUAAUUUGGCGAAUUAAAACAUUUUGGAUUCUUAAGGAAAAUGUAUGCUUUAUAAUGGCUUUAAAUGUCUAGUAAUACGUUUUUUUGUGUAUUAUUUUUACUUAAAUGUUAAUAGAAGAAAAUGCAGUUGCUCCUUAAAAAAGCAUAAAGUGCAUUUGCCUUUUGAAGAGACCACUUUGGUAAAUCGGCAAAAUCCUCAGACUUAUUACCAACAGGACUUUCUGAUAUGAGAAUUGCAGCAACAUUUUUUUUGAAGAGGACGUGCAACAUGGACCAGUCACACCACUUUGUCAGUAGACAUAUUAGCUGCAUAUACUGUCUGUGCAUUUCGUAGAGCAUCAAGCUUUAACCAAUAUGAAGACUUCUCUUAGAAAGGUGUGGAAGGCACUUUUAUUAUGUUCUAGACAUUUGAGCUAGCUGCACCAGCUUUAAGCACAGUUAAAACAAAGUUGCUUGUAUUACAGUUUUGCCUGCUAAAUUCUCCACAUUUUAAUGCUGUUACUUUGGAUGUAAAGCGUUCUUGGCUUGAUAUUUGUGAUAUUGUACAUGUAUGUCUCAGUUGUAUAGUAGUUUCAGUCCAUUUAACCAGCUUUGGCUUCUGAAAUCAUACAGCUGUGAAAUUUGCCUUUUUCUCUUUCCUGCUCUUUGAUUUCAAUAUGAUCUGAAGUAAUAUAGAAAAGUCACUGGCAGGUUUUGUUUUUGUAAUAUACUGAAGGACUGAGAUUGUGCUUUUAAUGAUCAAGCAUUUAAAUCUGGAAAUAUCCUAUGUGUUUUCACCAUUGAAAGUGCUGUUUAGUAGUUGAAACUUUAAAAAAUAUAUUUAAUAUCUCAUUUAAUAAAGUGACCAAAACUGUU